AUGGUGAAUCCAAGUUCCCACAGACAAGAAUUAUCAUGGGUGCAUAGAACUGAUUCCGUGCUAGAAAAUACUAGACGGCACAUUGAUUGUGAGUUCUUCAACAACAUCAACAACAAAACAUUCGAAGUGAAGGAGGGUGACCUUGUUGGUACCUUCCUAAUCUAGGAGGAAGAAGAAAUAAGGAGUACAGGCCUCUAGUUUGCAGCAGCUUUACUUGCUUUUGAGGUAUGUUGCUUGUUGAUUAUAGUGGUAACCACCAUCAAGGUGAGAGAUGAACACAUCAAGCGUGGUAUCGGCUCUAUCCUUUUUGGUGUUGCUCAUGUAAUGCAUCUCGGAAGCUAUCACUGGCCCGUGGUAUAAGCUAUACUGCUGGCUACACGUCAUGGAUAGAAAAUAGAUGACUCUGACCUAGCUCUUUGCUCUCUCGAGCAGUUUUAUGCUUCUAGAGAAUGUAAAAAAUUGAUGCUAGAGGGAAGCGAAGAAGUCAAGAGCGAGGACUCUGAAAAAAUAGUCAUGUUGCCUUCUACUUGGUGGACCAUUGUCAAAUGGUGGCCCAGUUUAUCCCUCUUUGGAGUUUGCCACUUCAUUUUCCAUAGUGGCAGUGCUGGUCCUAGAGAGAAGGUGACUUUGCAGACCCUACCUCACUUAUAGAUUUAUAGUAGGGACCUGGUGAUAGUUUGUACUUUCUCUGCUCUGGUACCGAUAAAUGUGGUGCCUGUAUCAAAUGUAAGUACCGCUUCCUUUCCCCCCUAUGACUCUCGUAAAUGCAAAGAACUUUUGGAAUUAAAUAGAUGCAGUUCAUGGGCUUAAAAGAGUGGGAAGAUUCGCUCACAAAGCAGCAGAGUAAAGUUCACUGAUGUCGAGAUAAUUGACAAAAGAUAAGAAAUUACCUAGACAUUGGCAAUGUUCAAGUUCGUGAGAGCCAUGAAGCUAGAUUAGGUAGUUCUCAAGCCUGUAGUGGUUAAGAAAGCAAACACUAAAUAGAAGGGAAAGAGUGCCAAGAGACAGACUCAGCUUCUAAUGGAAUGA